UGGCGCGCUGCGCCGCAUAAUCUUGCGUAUCAGUGAUCGGCAGUGCCAUCCAGAAGGCAGUAGGUUACGGGUUCUAACGUGGUGAAAUUUAGGGAGCCCUUAUUGGUGCGAUCGGUGAAAAAGGAAAACGUGUGAGGGGGUAGAGGGUACACGAUAGUAGGUGCACGAUACUCGCGAGUGUCGGGAGAUCUAGUGUCGAGCCAUCAUGGCGAAUCCACGAAAGUUCAGUGACAAGAUCGCGCUACACAAACAGAAGGAAGCGCAGGAAAGAGCGGCGUUCGAGGCGAUCAUGCGAGAAGUUUCGGAUGUCACAAGCAGAGUCGCCUCGGCGAGCAGCUCGGUGUGUGCCAGUCCCACGGGAUCCGGGGUACUGGAGACUCCGCUGUCCGUGAAGAGUGCCGGCGCCAGUCCACCUCAGUCCAGCGGCAAACACCUGCACAUUAACCUGGGAAAUCAGUUCAGGGCGGGUGGCUCUCUGCCGAAUGUUAACAACAACGCGAAUUGCGGCAAUGACGCGAAAGAACACGCAUCGCCGCACAACGCCGCUAUCCACUCGAUCGACCUUAAGACAGCGCUCAGCAAUUUGGAGGAGAUGCAGCACAAUUCUAUGGUGUAUCGUAACAACGAGAGGGGUAGGAGCAUGGGAGUUGGACCGAUGCGACCUCGUCCGAUGGAAAAAAGGCACGAUACCUCACCGUACAGCGGUGUUCCGUAUCUUUCACCACCACCACCGGACACAUGGAGGAGAACGAAUUCAGACUCGGCUCUGCAUCAAAGCGCCAACGAAGCCUGCCAGUCAAACACCACCAUCCCCCAUCGACGAGAUCAGCAUACCAUAACCGGGUCCGGCAGCGACAACAGGGACCUGCAUUACGGAUUCAUCGAACGGCCAAGAUCAUCCUGUGAAAUACCUCGAGUGCCUGGAAGCAACAUAGAUCCGAGCUCUCAGCCACCAGGACAGCAAAUUCCCAUAGGCAACACGCGAUCGUUGCCCGACCUGGUCCACUUCCCGUCGGAUCAAGAGGAUCACUCGAGCAGUACACCAUUCAGCAACAGUCGUCAAACGAGCAGUCCCACAAAUCUGUCGCCGACCAGCUUACCCCAAGCUGGGAGGCUAUCCUUUUCGCAGGAUCAGACCAGCGCCCAAGGUGUGGCGCUAGAAAACAGCACAAGUACUUCGCAACAGGAUCUUCAGAGUUAUUCGCAACAACCGGUGCCUCAGCCACCGACGGCGACGUCCCACAGUCCAACUGGUCACUACAUUUAUCAGCAACCGCACAGUCCUGUGCCACCGCAAAGUCCAAAGUCGUCGCAGACACAGCAGCCGCAGCUCAACUCCUUAGGCUCGUACAGAUCCUCGCAGCAGGUGAAUAGGCCGUCGCCUCAAUCGUCACCCGGACUAACGAUUCAAGGCAGCCCGUUGAGUUACAGUAAUAAUCCAUCGGCGCCUCCUAGUCCCACGGGUCAUCCUGGUCCACCGAACAUAACAUCAGAGAACAUCGACCAAAACAAUUACUUCCUGAACCAGGCACAGGCAGCGGCGCUUCAGCAGGACUUCGAGCAGUUCACGAUGGGAGUGGAUUGGCCGAAAUUCGCGCAGCAGCUCAUGGAACUUGGUUGCACCUGGAACCCGCAGAUAGAGAUGGACACGCCCGUGCCGACCAACAUGAUUGGAACGUAUAUCGGUUCGCCGAAUCACACCACGAAUUACACACAGAACGACACGAUGAAUGUGGGAGGUGAGUUGGGCAGCGCAGAUGCCGGGUACUUCAGCACGAGUCCCCAAAUGCCGUAUCAACCUAACACAACGACCACUACUAGCAACAACAGCACCACCACCCAGCAACUCACGCCUCAGACACCGAACACCCCAACGAUCAUUCUCACUGACUUCUCCGGGGCAGACGACCUUACGAAUCCAGAAUUCGUAAAAGAUCUCGGAACGGCGAUGAUGGGCGACUUCGACCCAGAUCUUUUUCCAUCGGACGACGCUUUAAGACAGGGUCUCGAUCCCAUCGACAUGGAUGGUCUACAAAUGCUCACCGACCCGACCAUGGUUAUAUCCGAUCCCAGCGCCGAAGCCCAUUUUAGGCGGGAUCGACUUUAAGGCGAGACAUUUUACUCAUUUUCGAUUAUACGCUGACUAUAUUACGUAGGAAAUUUUAUCUGUCCUGGUGUCGCGAUUUAUUCUUGGGACACUUUGACAAAUGGGACGAGUCUUGUUCGCGGCCGUCGAUGCGCUUCCAACGGGAAAUCGUCUUUCUACGAACGGAGCAAUCGCUACCACCGCCAUAUCUUCGUCAUCGACGUCGGAAAAAAGGAAAACGAGAACAUCGUAGAUAGAUUAAAAAUAAUCGGUGGGAACGCGAUAAUCAACGAAUUAAUUAUGCGAUUCGUUCGAUCUUUCUCCGUCGAAAAUGCUGUAAUAUCGAAGACGAAAGCAACGAGAAAUUACGAUCGUACGUCACGAAGGCGAACAAUCGGCCAGAAAACGUGUUCGCGUUGGAAUCGACCAAGCGACACUGAUGUCCCGUUCGUGAUAAACCGUUAAUUGAGGAUUAAGUAAUACAAAUCUUUAUUAAUCCUUUUUUUAUUUUAUACUACUUUGUACAUUGUAUCAUGUAUGAUCUCUAAGAAGCACAAAACAAAAUGUCUACUGAUUUAUACAUGCUUUUAUCAUAUACGAUCCUAGUAAGGUAAAAAAGAAAGAUACUACUGUUUAGGUGAAAAUUAACGUUUAGCGAAAAUGAUAAAAGAAAACAGAAAAAUAAGAAAAAAAAAAAAAUACAGAAUAUGGGUUGGUUAUGCUCCUCAUCGACGUACGGGGAGUACUUAACGGGGAAGAAGCUAUCAAGCAUGUGAAACGCAUAAAGACAUAGACAGUGGAGAGAGGAGGGAGACACCCCUCGGUGAUAUCUCGCCGAAAACGAUCGAGCAUUUGAACACUUUACUCUCUAUCCUUUCCUUCGUUGCGCACUCGCGCUCGAUUCAGCGUUCACCUACAUUUCGAAUUUCCUUUCCUGAACCGCUAACCGAUCGAUUUCACCGAAUCGUUGGACGAAGACGAUUCGUUGGUUUCCACUUUGUACGUCCGAAUUCGAACUUAGCGAGUUCAAUUCGAUUCUAUAUCAUUUUCUUCGUUCGCAGUGUCGCUUCACGCGGUAAACGUUAAACGAAGAGAAAAGUAAAAGUAAUUACUACGAAAGAAUGGAAAUGAGAAAGAAGAGAAGAGAAGCAAAGAGAGAAACGAACAAAAGGUAGGAAGAAGGAAAUAAAACCGCAGAGACGAGUGUACCUUCGGCGGUCGUCAAUUGUUUUUUGAAAGUAAUACGCUGUACUUUGUAUACACGUAAAAUAUUUAAAUUGGACGCCAGCGGCCGCGCUUGUCGCGUUAGACUUAUUCGACUACUAUAAUAAUUGAGAAAAUAAAAAAAAUAAAACGACGCUUAUAUCUGUAUACAGUGUACGUAGUGAUAAUCGACCUUUUUCGAGCGUCAUUCGCUCUUUGAUUAUAUAAGCGAGCAAGAGGAACGACCGAACGAAACCGAAAAGCGCGUUCACGCAGGAAAACUUAGACUACGACACAUUCGAAAGUGUUAACAGGACUAUCCGCAAACUAUUCGAAUCACUCAGAUGUUUUGUACCUUAGAAUUUUAUUCAACCACGCAUUAUAUCGUAUAAUUGUAUAUUGUUAAACAUUCGUCGUACGUGUUAAAUAACGAUAAAAAUGUAAAAAAAGAGAGCGAAGAUGAAAACGAACACUUUACAGCGACCGCUUUAUAGCCGUUCAAGUACAAAAAGGAGGAGCGCACGAUAAAGAUAUUGGCUCUAGCGGAGGCCGCGUUCGCACCUAUCGAAUCGAUUCGUACGCUCGCGGCGUUACGACCAUACUAGAAAUCGGUCGAGUAAUUCGUUUAUUCGAGGCAAACGGAGAGGUUGAUCGGUCGAGACGCUCGCUCGAGCGCGAACAAAUGGCGCGUGAUCGAAAGCCUGACACGUUUGUCGAAACUUUUUAAUAGAGUUCUAUUGAAAUUGAAUUUCGCAGAAAGUUACUCUAACGCUUGUUGACAAUUUUCCAGAGUUUACGGCCGGCUUUAUUUCCACGCAACGCUCCCGAUCCACGCUGUGUCGCCGUUGUUUCAGGUUCUGUACCGGUUCUCGUUAUACAGUCUCUGUACCGUACCGAGUAUACUGCCUGUUAUCGUGCCUAAGCACAACAUCCGAUCGUUUCCAAGUUAAUCAGCAACACGCGAAACUGGCGACAGGCUUGUGCAUCGAUCGGACGUGAUAUCCUCGUGAACAACAUUACAAAUCAUUGAAUGAAUGAUCGUGGUCGAUUUCGAGCGAUGGUUAGUUAUUAACGCAGAUAUCCUUAGUCUCGAUAUCAUCGAUUAAUCUUCAUCGUCUAUCCUGCGGUCCCGAUAAAUAACAUAUUUAUUCGCACCUGUUCGUGUGACUCGUGUAUUAACCGUAAAUUUCAAAAUAACGUCGUGGAAUAACGUAAUUAUAGGGUCUUUGAUGGAUGAACUUCCGCUUCGCGAGCGAAUUCUUUAACAUUGUAGAAAUUAAUCCAGAUACGGCUGAAUUCUUUUCGUAGCAUCUUUUUAAAUUAGUCACACUUUCUCUUCGUUUGAAGCUUAAAUCGAAUACGAUGAAUACAUUUUUGUACUAUUCUUGGCUACUUUUUAUAAAUGGAUUUACCCAUUCUAAACGUUUUCCGGUAAUAUUGUAAAAAUCGCGAAAUGCAAUAAAAAUACAUUGCAGUGGCCGUUUUACAAGCUUGAUUGGCAUAUUUAAGUUAACCCUUGAAAACUAUGAUUAUAAAAGAACGUCUGAAAUGGCUGGAAUGGCUGAAACUCCAGCGCGAUACAUAGUUCAGAAAUCAAUAACGUUAAACACAGCGAACAUGGUUUUUAUUAUUGUCACGUUCGAUAUCAAGCGAUUAUGUUCAACACCGUAAUUCAAUAUUAUCUUCAAUAUUGAGAUGGCUAUGUUACUGAUAAUUACAAAUAACGUUGCUCGAUGCGUUACUAUGAAACGAUAAUGUUAAAACAAUAUACUCGAGCGAUAAAAUUUCACCCUUUUGGUCAUAGUUUUCGAGGGUUGCGAUUAAACGAUGAGAAUUUGUACCCUUGGAAAUUUUGAUAAGAUUUUAUUCAACGAUAACGAAAAACCCGAUUCGUAGGUUGAAAGCGCAUAGGAAUUAAAAAUUAGUAUCGUAAAUCUGUACGCGAGAGUUUCGUGCUUAGCAACGAUUUUUGCUACAUCGUGGCAGAAAGUUCAAGGGCGAUUAAAGGAAUCAGCUUAUACGAGUCGUAAGGGAAAUGUUGCGUAUUUAAAAAAAAAAAAAACCUGCUGCAAUUUGUGACCUGGUCCAGAUGAACGAUGGAUAAAGAUAGAAAGAAAGGGAGGAACUUCCCUUCGAUUCGUACACUUUUGCCACGAGAAAGUCUCGUUACCGCGAGAUGGUGCCAAAGCGCGUAGAUAUUUGUCGCCCCAUUUUAUAGAUUGUAAGAUCGUUCUGAUCGAUUGGUGGGAACGUACAACGUAAACGUGCAACGUAACGAUCCCCGACGAUCGUCCGAACACCUGUACAAACCACCCUAGAUCCGAGUCAACCACGUCAAUUUUGGUGCCGCCUAGGUCGAACGAUCUACGACGCGCACUCUUUUCCACCGUACGCGACUCCUUAGUUUUUCUAAGUCGCAAUACCUAAAGCGAGCGAUCAGCGAUUCAUUGGCGCGAGUUCCGCUUCGACUCGCCACAAUGUCGUAUUGGCGAGUCAAAUUGUCAACGUGAUCGCAGUAAACAGCUCGUUAUCGAUAAGAUCGAGGUCCGAUACCGAAAGGUCGAGGGAUAUGCGCCGAUAUAAGAAAGAAAGCGAACGUAACGGAUACAUUUGGUGGAAUUGUUGCGGUGUGCGUCGAGUCCUGAAGGAUGUCGUACCAUACUCGAAGAAAUCAACGAAUUCACGUAACAAAAUCUCCUCGGUAUCGGGAAAUUCGUAAAUGACCGGCGACUCGGCUCACGCUGAAUCUUACUUAGUUGAGAAUUUCCAUAGUCUAUGAAUCUAGAUAGCUAGACAAAUACAGCGAUCGAAUGAGAAUUUCCGGUUUCGAGGAGCAGUUAACGCUCGACGACGCGAGGAAUUAUUUUGUUCGUUGAUAUUUAACAGAGACCUGCGUGAUAUUUCAGGGCAUUCUGUCUUUUCCUCCUUUGCUUUAAUCCUUCUCCUCCACUUUCUGCUCUCAACGUACAUACGCGUACGAAUGAAAAAGAAAACGCGUAAAAUAUACCACGAUCGCACUCCUUGCUCUCUUUCUUCUUUUCCAACUGUUUCUCUUCCACCCACACACCAUACACACACACACACCAUACACACACACACACCCUGCCCUCCUCCCCUCUCUCUCAUAGACAUACACGCACGCUGUUUCUGCGCUAAGAGAAAGAGAACGGUUGAAAGGAUGAACGCGUUGAUUUAUCGCUGUAAGAAACGGAGAUCUGGUGUCUGCGUGACAAGCGCGCCGAAACUGAAACGAGGAUACGUUUUCGUCGCGACCUGUGCGUUUAAAAAGGUUGACAAGACGAUGAGAAACGACAGGAGAGAAAUGCACACAGCGGAUAUAGGGAAACGUCUCGACCUCUGAUCGAUCGUCGCAUCGAACGCGCGCAUGCGAGGAUUUUAGGAAAGAGAAACGGAAGGAAGGAAACAUUGUAAUAUUUGUAUAUAGCCAUGUUAUCGUGGUAAAGAGAAUUACCUAUAUUAUUAUAAAUAUUACGCAUAUAUAUACAUAUAUACGUGUACGUAUAUGUUUAUAUAUAUACAUACAUAUUAUAAUAUAUAUGUGUAUAUAUAUAACGCAUAUUUAAGUCUGUAAUGCCGUUACUUUGUUGUACCAUAAUUAUUGUGAACACCAUUUCUCAGACAUCGAUUUUUUUAAAUAAAAAGAAAGUCUCAAUAUCGACAUGCACUAAGUACCAAGCAGAGCAUCCGUCGGAACAAAAACAUCCACCGCACAGAACGAUCCGGUUUCUUAUCUUACAACAAGAUUAGCCACGAUUUUUUCGCCUCGUCUCGUCUUCAACCGCGUCGCCUUCUUACGCUCACCUACUAUAACGUUUUCACGCUCGAAUUUUCAUCAUUUGCGCUCGUUUUAGUCCUUACUCGACUGCGCGCGUACCGCGAAAUUAUCACGCGGCCCACGCCGAACUUCCAAAACGCUUGGAACAAAAAGAAGAAACGUCAAUUUUCCUGGCUCGAGAUUUAUCAAUUAUAUCGCGUUCGGAAAUCAACGCGAACUUGACCACAGCUUUUCGCCCCGCAACGAAACAGAAUCGAGAAAGGACUGGAUGACGGCGCGGCGACUUUUGUAACGAUCGGUGCCUGAAACGUUUCACCAACGAGCCUUUUUUGUCAGACUGAUGUUCGUCUUUAAUCUAUCUAACUAACGAUCGGCAGCGCGCUGUACACGCUCUCGCACGACCAAUUCACGAAGUCAGUCUGCGACCAGAGACGCGACGAAGGAGGCUUGAGCGCGAUGCGCGCUCGUUGUCGCGUUUAAACUCGCGCGAACCAAUCGUUUUUGGCGAUGGAAAGUUAGCACGCUUUCUCUGCGAUGCUCCAUCAACCCUUUAACGGUGUAGCUCGAGAGAGAUUCAGGCAAAUCGUCAAAUAUAGCGCUGUAAAUUAGACCGCAAAAAGGCGAAUGUUGCGUUAACGUAACAUUUUAUUUACAAUUUUUUUUUUUUUUUAUUAAUUCACAUCGUGGAAUUCUGUUUUUUAACGUAACGGUUACGGAAAGGGACUUCAUGGAUUUAUUUAGUAUUUCUUUUUAUUAUUCUUUCGCCUAAAUCUUAUAUUAGUUAUGGAAAACUUCUGCCUUAAAUCGUAGACGGUUUUUUACAUUUCUGGUUUACUCGAUGGGCUUCUUUGAGACAUUUGUCGUUUUAAUAUACCUGGAUAAAAUAUAUAAAUUGUCUUACAUAUUUCUCUCGAGUAGCGGUAACAAGUUUGGCGAUAGAACAAACGAGGCCUUACGAAAAAGUUUUAUAAAUCGCAGAUCUUUUGGUUAAGCAAUUUUACAUAACAUGACAAACUUGUAAAAGCGAAGCCUACAGCCUCUAAUCUGUAACUGGUUAAUUUAGUGAUAUUAUUAGUUGGUAAAUUAUUAUGCAAAAUGGCGCAGAAAUGCGAAAAAGGAGGUUCGAAGGUAAAUUUCCUCAUUACACUGUCAAAGGGUUAAUAGAAUUUUUAUUUCCAAUUCUUUCUGCAAAGUCUAUUUUCCAACAGCUCGCAGAGCCUACAGUAGUGAUUUCUCUGCGAAAUACGAGACCAAAAUAUCAAAAAAGCAUUCGCGUGAAUUUAAUCGCGAUCGAUCGAGCGAACGCGGCCAAGAACGCGAAACGAGCGAAUCGAGAUCGAACUUCUCGCGAGUGAGAAACAUUCGUAGUGAAAUUUCGAUCUCGAUGAUACUUUCCAGUACGUUUUCGAGUUGCUAGCUGAAAGAAAACUCUGCGCAUUUUGAAGACGGCGGACGUCGGCGCGAUGCACGUACGAAACGAAACGAAGUAAAAAGAAAAGAAAGCAGAAAAAAAGGGAAAAAAGAAUAAAACGCAUUGAAAGAUUUCUCACACGACACCGUGGUCCUUCUGCCCGUCGAUGUGUAAAUAAUUGUUUCAUAUUGUUGUAAAGUAGAACGGUGAUAAGGAGAGAUGGAUGGUACAAGUAGGAGACGUCGGUACUCGCUUGCCGAAAGUUUAAAAGUCAAAAAGUCUCCCCCGUAAUGUAAGCGCACAAAAAGAGGGUUAACGAUCUAUGUGUCUUCUUCGUGUUUAAUCGUAUCUUUGUUAUUAAAUCUUGAACGUCUUACGAA